AUGUUCAGGUUUGUGGAGAGACUUCAAGUUGAUGACCACAUGGAGGAGCGAAGGGGUCAACAAUCGUCAAUUGACGCGUCGCGUAUCCCCAUUCGCCCAGACAGCAGCGAUGUCCAGGCGAGUCGCCUUGACCAGGGAGGCGUAGAAGCAUGCAGUGCAAGAAAGAAGGAGAAGAAGCCCCCAGGUCCGAGCCCCAGCCCAGACACCAAGUGCAGCUGGGAGGAGCACGUGAACAGCGACGGCAACAAUUUGCUGCAAGCUCCCUGGUCCCAGGACCCGCAGGCGUGCUGCAACCACUGCGGCGAGCAGUCGGGGUGCGUGGCGUGGACCUUCAUUCAGGGCAGCCACGAGUGCUGGUUGAAGAGCUGGGUGCCGUCUAGGGACCAGUGGCGCUGGGACGACUCGGCCAUCAGCGGCCAAAUCGGGGCGCCGAGCCUCCAGGCGGCCGUUGAUGCGCCAAGCAACACUUCGCUCCAGGGCCUCCUCUCCGAGACGAUCUACUGCAACCCCUACCUGCAGCAGAUGUGCCCCCCAGGCGACGUGGCGUGCCCGCAGUGUGGUUCGGACAGGUGCGAGUGCCCCGGCAGUCCAGGUCCGAGCCCCAGCCCAGACACCAAGUGCAGCUGGGAGGAGCACGUGAACAGCGACGGCAGCAAUUUGCUGCAAGCUCCCUGGUCCCAGGACCCGCAGGCGUGCUGCAACCACUGCGGCGAGCAGUCGGGGUGCGUGGCGUGGACCUUCAUUCAGGGCAGCCACGAGUGCUGGUUGAAGAGCUGGGUGCCGUCUAGGGACCAGUGGCGCUGGGACGACUCGGCCAUCAGCGGCCAAAUCGGGGCGCCGAGCCUCCAGGCGGCCGUUGAUGCGGCAAGCAACAAUUCCCCAGGUCCGAGCCCCAGCCCAGACACCAAGUGCAGCUGGGAGGAGCACAGGAACAGCGACGGCAACAAUUUGCUGCAAGCUCCCUGGUCCCAGGACCCGCAGGCGUGCUGCAACCACUGCGGCGAGCAGUCGGGGUGCGUGGCGUGGACCUUCAUUCAGGGCAGCCACGAGUGCUGGUUGAAGAGCUGGGUGCCGUCUAGGGACCAGUGGCGCUGGGACGACUCGGCCAUCAGCGGCCAAAUCGGGGCGCCGAGCCUCCAGGCGGCCGUUGAUGCGCCAAGCAACACUUCGCUCCAGGGCCUCCUCUCCGAGACGAUCUACUGCAACCCCUACCUGCAGCAGAUGUGCCCCCCAGGCGACGUGGCGUGCCCGCAGUGUGGUUCGGACAGGUGCGAGUGCCCCGGCAGUCCAGGUCCGAGCCCCAGCCCAGACACCAAGUGCAGCUGGGAGGAGCACCGGAACAGCGACGGCAACAAUUUGCUGCAAGCUCCCUGGUCCCAGGACCCGCAGGCGUGCUGCAACCGCUGCGGCGAGCAGUCGGGGUGCGCGGCGUGGACCUUCAUUCAGGGCAGCCACGAGUGCUGGUUGAAGAGCUGGGUGCCGUCUAGGGACCAGUGGCGCUGGGACGACUCGGCCAUCAGCGGCCAAAUCGGGGCGCCGAGCCUCCAGGCGGCCGUUGAUGCGCCAAGCAACAGCUCGCUCCAGGGCCUCCUCUCCGAGACGAUCUACUGCAACCCCUACCUGCAGCAGAUGUGCCCCCCAGGCGACGUGGCGUGCCCGCACUGUGGUUCGGACAGGUGCGAGUGCCCCGGCAGCCCAGGUCCGAGCCCCAGCCCAGACACCAAGUGCAGCUGGGAGGAGCACAGGAACAGCGACGGCAACAAUUUGCUGCAAGCUCCCUGGUCCCUGGACCCGCAGGCGUGCUGCAACCACUGCGGCGGGCAGUCGGGGUGCGCGGCGUGGACCUUCAUUCAGGGCAGCCACGAGUGCUGGUUGAAGAGCUGGGUGCCGUCUAGGGACCAGUGGCGCUGGGACGACUCGGCCAUCAGCGGCAUACUGGGAGGUCGGUGA